AUGCCGACCUUACCUUAUAAUUACAAAAUUAUUCACCUAUUGCACCAAUACUUGAUAUUAGUUUUGAUUUGGUUCAUAUUUUUAGUUACGGAAAUUGUCGGAAGAAUUUUUAUUACUGCAUAUAUUCUUCUUUUUAUAAUAAGUUUUUGUAAAAUGAAGGACAUAAAUAAUUUUAGAGAGAAAGGAUCAGAUACAAUAACCCACAUAACUAAGUACGAUAUGUCUAUUUUAUAUCUACUUGCUGAUUAUAGGAAUAAUGAUGCCGAUAAUGAAGAUAUUGAAUUUCCUCCAGGUAAUAUCGGUAGAAUAUGGUUCUCAUGGGAAUAUCAACCUUCAGAUGAGCGAUUAACAGUAGAUUCUAUCAAAAUUCGCAAUUUGCAAAAUCGUCCUGGUGGAGGUGUCAGAAAUCCACUAGUUAAAGUGUGUGCAUUGCCAUUUGAGCGGCAAACUAAUCAAACUGUAGUCAAAAAGAAGUCCAAUAAUCCGCGAUACGAUGAAUCAUUUCAUUUUCAGAUUUCUCAGACUGAAUUUCAACGUAGUAGGCUUCGUUUGUCUAUAUUUGAUAACGAAGGAAGGCGCCAAUACCCAAUCGGCCAUAUUACUUGUCCGUUAUUAGAUUUAGAUACAUCAAGUAAGAAAACCGUCUGGAAAGAUAUCGAAAAAGGACUUGAGACAUCGUACCAAUUAGGAGCUAUCACUUUUGCUUUGCAAUUUAUACCGCCUGAUCGAGUGACUGUUACCAUACUGAGUGCUAAGGACUUACCAGCUCAUGAAAAGUUAUCUCAUCAAUGUUUCUUGGUUAAAGCUACCUUAAGAUAUAAUCAGAAGCCAAUUAAAACUAAGAAAACGAACAUUGUUAAGAAAACUGUAGAUCCUACCUUUGACGAAUCGUUCCAAUUUAAAGUAUCAAAAGAGCAUAUUGAAUCUACUGCAAAUAUUGUCAUUGAAGUUCUAUGCCGCUCUUCACAUUCGUUCAAAGCUGAUCGUAAUGUUGGUCAAGUAAUAAUCGGUGGUAAAGAUGUUGUUCGCGGACAAGCUUUGGAUCAUUGGCAAGAAAUUAUCAGUUCCCCUCAACAAAGCGCCCAAAAGACUUAUUCAUUGAGUCCUCCCUAA